CCGGGAAUAAAUAGGUCGUCAAAAUCGCGGUCGGUCCGGUCAUACUUCUCGCGUUUACGAUUCAACGUCAUCUGAUAGCUGAUUGAGUGAAUGAUGUCUCAGCAUCAUCAACCGUGUCUCAAGUGACCAAUGUCGAGUGCGUAUCUGUGGUGACUAGUAGAGCUACUCUUCAAACACACCACGCUUUUGAAAUUUCUUGUCGUUUGAGAAAAUUAUAAUCGGACACUCCUUGUUUUCAAGUUGUCAUUGAAAACGUGUUUUCCAAUUUCGAAUUUCAUUUGGCGAAGAUCAUCAUAGAACUGUCCGUGAUUUCACAAAUGUUGGGGUUUCUUGAAACAGUGAUAUCUGACGGGGAAUUAUAUCCUGGUAACAAUUGUUAAGAAUAUCAUAACUAAACACUUCGCACUUCCAUAAGGAAUGUGUUAUAGGACUGUGUUAUCGAGUUAUAACACUUAUUUGAUUGUAACACUCCACAAGGGGAUCCAUUUCUGUUGAACAGUUAACUUUUAUCUGGUUGAACAGUUCACCAUUCAUUCCUGUUUAAUAUCUAUCAUAUUGAAUAUUAAAGUGACAUUUUAGUAAGUCAAGAAAAGGACAGUCUCAGGCAGAUUGGACUAUCAAUCACUGGGAAUGUAGAAUCUAUUAUGUCGGUUGGGAAUCCCUGAGUGAUAUACUGAGAGAACUCAGGAGAUUUCAUAUAAAUAUAUCGUCAUCACAUAACAUAAUCUUGGUUCUGGAGAGAUGAGUUACCGAGUGCAUUAUUCAUGGUUUCAGGAUAAAAUCAAAGAAAUCUCAGUUUUCAAUGAUUAGAUACAUUAUUUCAUCAAGAAGAAAGGAAUGUUUAGAUGAGCUUAAUACAAAUGAUUAUGUACUCCGGAUACAUUACUUAUCCUGAAUAAUGAGUUAAAUCAUAUUGUCAAAAGUUAUUGUGGUGAUCAACGAAAUGAGAUGUAGCUAUUCAUGAGUUUUGAGCUUUAAACUUCAAAUCACAGAAUAUUAUUUUAUUCUUCGAUCAAUACUGCAAGGAGGAACUGAUCUAGAACUGUAGAUGAUACAUGAAAAACGAAUUUCAUCCGACAGAUGAAUGAAUAAGAAUUUAAAAAAGUGGAAGAACUACUUCUAUUCUUAAUUAGUACAUAAAUAUACAAAUUUGUUUAUUCAUUAGAGAAUUUUGAACUAAAAAUGAGCGGUUAAAAUAAGAACUUUGAAAAAAAAAUUAAUUCAUUCUAAUCAGUGCGUGAACAAAUUUUCAAAAGUAGAUAUUUUUCACAGUGUAUGAUAGAUUUGUUGAAGCAUGUUUAGCAAUCGCCGUUAAGUGAGGGGUGGUUAAGUACGGUAUGUUGUUCUAGCCUAUUUAUUCAGUCGAUGUCCUUGUGGAUAGCGGGAGACUUGUUGCUUUUGUUGAUCUGUUUAUACGUUCUUAGUAUUCAUUGAAGGGCCUCACCCCAUCGGAAAAGUUAGCCUGACUUUAGUCGCAACAGAACAAUCAAUAUUGACAGAUCUACUCCUUCCACCUGGAAAAAAAACGUGGAAAAACUUCACUCUGUCAAAGUGUCAGUCAUAUUGUGUCCGUGACACAGUAUCUAUCAGCUCAAAGCAUGUAAAGUGAUUGUCAUACAAACAAUGGAUCUCGACAAGGCACAUUCUAAAAUUUUGUUAAUACUCAGAAAAAUAACUGCUUUAUGUAAUACAGCUGGAUAGGUAGAAUUUGCUUGGUAGAGUGAACUUUCGUAUUGAAAACUUAGUGAGUUCAUCAGUGAGUUUAUUUGAAUUAUCGAGGAAAGUGAUCAUUGAAAAUUUAUACCUCUUAGAAAAUGAUAGAUUUCAGUAGAGAUAAUAAAUAGAGAAUGACAUCUCAAACUAAUCGAAUGGAAGUGGAAGAUUGAAAUUGCUCAAGAGCUCGUAACGAUUUCUAUUUCUAAUAUUGUUGUAUCUAGACUUCUAUUGUAUCUAUUCGUCAAGCGAACUAUUGUGAAAAAAAAUAUCAUAGGCUACUGCUGCUUAGUUUAACUGUAUUAGAUUCCUCUUGAAUAUCAUAUAGAAGAAUUUGAUCUUCGUAGUAUUGAAAGAUUUUUAUAAGUAGAAAAAUCCCAAUGCAAAAGCUCUGGAGGUGCUAUAACACUCGAGAAGUGUCUGUCUAUAUUAGAUGGGUAAGUAUAGCGGAAACCAAUAAUUGAUAGUAGAGUCAUACAAAAUUGGUCUUCUGAGAUAUUUCAGAAUGUUCAUUGAAAUGUGUGCUUUGGAAAUGUGAGACUGUAUAUUUUCUAGUUUACUCAAGAACACAGCUCUUCAGCUCUUGAAGAUUUCCAAACUACAGAUUCUCAAGUGUAGCCUAUAAGAAAAAACUCGUCUACAAUAGUGUUAAGUUUCAAUAUUCACCAAAUCUGGUUAAUAUUCGACAAACAGCUCAAAACAGUGAUAGUCCACCAAUAUUGAAUUGAACUCAACAAAGCGUGUAUCUCAGACUCUCAUGGAUAGAUGUAUUGUUCUUCAGUUGCCUGAAGUAUAACUGUGGUAGACCAAAUUCAAGUUUUAUUAGUAGUUCACGUAAUUAGUGAGUUCUUGACUCCCCCCGUAGUGAUCUUCUCUCAAAUUGAACUCAAACUAUCAUUUUACAUCACGUUCUAAUAUUACCUCAAGCUCUACCAGAUUCAAACAUCAAGACUUUCUGUAUCUUCCACCUGGUCGCAUCAAUUCAAAACUGUUCUGUUAAAAUGGCUCAUUCGCGCAAAAGACAAUGCACCAAAAGGAUAGAAAUGUGACACUAGUCGAGUUCAAAUUUGGCUUGCGAUGAGCGUGUUGAGCAACGUGACUUCACUGCUGGACAUCUUUGCCGUCGACGAGUGGAACUCCUCGCUUCAGCUGCUCAACUCCUCGCACAACGCGACUGGCGACUCGCUCGGCGACGACAAGAACUACUGGGCGCUCAUCCUCAUGCUGUUUCCGUUCCUCACACUGUUCGGCAACGUGCUCGUCAUCCUCAGUGUCUACCGGGAGCGCAGUCUGCAGACGGUCACCAACUACUUCAUCGUCAGUCUGGCAAUUGCUGAUCUACUCGUGGCUGUGCUCGUCAUGCCCUUUGCUGUUUAUGUUCUGGUGAAUGGAUCGUGGAGCCUUCCAGCUUUCGUUUGUGAUUUUUAUAUAGCGAUGGAUGUCACUUGCUCCACAUCAUCUAUUUUCAACCUAGUCGCAAUCAGCAUAGAUAGGUACAUAGCCGUCACACAGCCGAUCAAGUACGCGAAGCACAAGAGCAAUCGCCGGGUGACGCUGACGAUUGUGCUGGUGUGGGCGAUCAGCGCGGCGAUUGGCAGUCCCAUCGUGCUCGGCCUCAACAACACCCCCGAUCGGGUGCCCGACCUCUGUCUCUUCUACAACUCCGACUUCAUCAUCUACUCGUCGCUGUCCUCCUUCUACAUCCCCUGCAUCAUCAUGGUCUUCCUCUACUACAACAUAUUCAAGGCACUUCGGAAUAGAGCUAGAAAAGCGAAAGCGGCUAGAAAAACUAAUAUAGCUGAGCUGAAGCCGGGAAUUGUGAUAGAGAACGUAGCGCAGACGAGGAGGUUAGCCGAGACGACGCUGGUCGCUUCCUCAGCUCUCGUGCCAACGGCUACCAGCCUAGAGGACGAGAGACCCACCAACACUGGCUCUGGCAGUCAGGAUGAAGACGAAGAUGGAGAUAGGUCUCCUGGCUCAGAUGACUGUCAUAUUAUUCCAAACGAUAAAUCAACCGAAUUUAUUUUAGCAACAGUAGUUGAAGAAAGUCAGGUUGUAGUGAACCUGGCGACACCUGCCACAUUACUAAUAGCAGACCCAAACGGCAACAACGACUCAGGUUAUGCGCCUUCCAACAUGGAGGAGACGGCACUCCAUGUGACUCCUCCCGCCAGCCCUCAUCAGAAAACGCCUGAUGAGAAAGUAGCAAAGGUGACAGUGAAGCGGAACGGGUCGACGGGCUCGGAAGUGCCAUGCACGCCGUGCACCCCGCUGUCAGCGACCGCCCCUGCCGGCACCGGGUCCAUCCUGAAGCGAGCCUUCUCGUCGAGUGUGCGAACCAUGUCCGAGGACGAGACCUGCACGGGCUCGUCCAAGAAGGAGCGCAAGGCGUCGGCCGGCAGUCGCUUCACCAUCUACAAGGUCAACAAGGCCAGUCGCAAGAAACGCGAAAAGUCCUCGGCCCGCAAGGAGCGCAAGGCCACUAAGACGCUCGCUAUUGUGCUCGGUGUGUUUCUAUUCUGUUGGGUGCCGUUUUUCACGUGCAACAUAAUGGACGCGAUGUGCACCAAACUGGGCGCAGAGUGCCAGCCGGGGGUGGCCGCCUUCAUCCUGACCACGUGGCUCGGUUACAUGAACAGUUUCGUCAAUCCAGUCAUCUACACUAUUUUUAAUCCGGAGUUUAGAAAAGCUUUCAAAAAACUGAUGGCCAUCGGUACAUGAUCUACAAUGGACACCUUUUCGGGUAUGACCAUCGAGGCCCGUGGAGUCUCUUCAGUAGGUCAAAACUAGCCGACUUUUUUCUACCAAUAGUGCUGAUAAUAAAUUACGAUUAUCAAAAAUUGAAUUUAUAUACAGGUAACAAGCUUUAACUGUUUAUUUGAUGAAAUGUUUUUAUAUUGUUAUAACUUGUCACAUUCAUGCGAUAAUCAAGAUAUCAAUUCUCCUCUGACAAAUAAUAUUUCAUUUUUUUGCUAUUAAAAAGAACGACUAGCAGUUGGAUUUUUUCGAUAAUUAUUGAAUUUAUUCACUCACUGGACAACGAGAUCUUUCGGCAGGUCCGCCAUCUUCCUGGUUAUCAACCAGUUCUUCUAGCUGGUUGUCAACCAGAAAGAUAGCGGACCUGCCGAAAGAUCUUGUUGUUCAAUGAGUGAAUAAAUUCAAUUAUCGAAAAAAUCUAACUGCUAGUCGUUCUUUUUAAUAGCAAAAAAGUGAUUUAAUAAUCAGCAGUUUGUGAUGGAAAACAACAUUGAAGAAUUAAUCUUUCGUCUUAAACCUUUAUUGAUUUUUUGUGUUGUCAAUAAUUUUUGACUGUCAAUUAUCAUGACAUGAUUUUCUAUAGCUAAGAUACCUCAUCAUAAUCGUUAUAUCAUUUCAAAGUCGUUUUUCUCACUGUACCCUAAACAAUUUAAUUAUUUUUAAUUGAUUAUGCUGAUGUUGUUUAUACAUCAUUUUUACUAUUGCAGAAUUAUAUCAAUUUUUAUACUAUUUAGGAGAACGAUUAUCACAACCAACUUGUAAACACAUUCCAUUCCACUUUCAUGUUUUUAUGAACAGAGGCCUACUGUAUCACGCCUCCCUCAGUUCUUUCUCAUAUUACCGUAUCAAAAAUGAAUCGUCAUAGCCCACCAUGGUUUUUUUCUUCAUCAGCCAAAUUUUCCUCUAUUGUAUAAAAUUUUAUACGAUAUACGUGUACAUACAUCAGCAUCGAUGAUUAAUCACUCAAAUUCUCAAAUACAUUCCAAGUAAAUUAUAUGACGCAGCACUUUUUUCUUGAGACUACAAGGAGACACUGAGGUAUGAAGACUAACAGUUGAAAUCAGUUUAAAAUAUUUUUCAAGGCUGGUGCUUAUUCAAGCAUUCUGAAGGUUGAACCAAAAGUUUCAAAAUAAUGCUUGUGAUAUGGAUUACAGUUUAAAGGAAGUUCAAAGAUAUUUUGGUAUUAUGAGUAGGAUAUUAUGUCCAUUAUCCAAUAAUGAAUAUCCAGAUUUCAUUUUCACAAUGAUAUUUCUUAGACCAUUUCUUAUAUACGAAAAAAUAAUCCCAUCCGGAUAACAUUCCAUUUUCUAUUUGACUGCUUAGUUCAAUAACACACGCUUAUUUAUUCCUCAAUGAAUAUCAUUAUACAUAUUUUCAGUUAAUAAUAACUGUAACCAUCUAGUAGGCCUACGUCCAUUGGGCUGUUGUGCUCAAGCAAUUACAUCCAUUGAAAAUACAUUAAAUAGAACCUACUGCUACAGAAAUUUUUUUGAGUCAAGUCCAAUGUAUUUUUUCGGAUUUAUGAUGUGAUAACUAAAAGUCGAUCGUAGGUUUAUGUGAUUAUCAUCAGUUCCUGUGAUAAAUAUUUCUUCAAAUUGAAAUUCGAUGACUCGAAUUUUCUGUGUUUACAAGGAUUUUAAUCCUUGAAUGACCUAAAACAAAUGGAGGUUGAUACUGGGUAAAUAUUUGACUCAAUCGUUUUACAUUCGAGAGCACCUAUUAUAUUUCAAAUUAAUGAUUAUUAUCAUAUAAAACAGUAGGAUAAAUAAAUACCUGGAUUGAUUUCUAGUUGAAAUAAAUGACAAUUAAUUUAUUGUUCAUUACUUGCACGUUUUCAUUUGCCGUACAUUUUCCUAGUUAACUAGAAAUUAUGAGAAAGUCUUUGAGAAUUGAAAUCUUGAUUGGUAUUCCUUGAUCGGGUGACGUGAGCUUGAUGGAUAGUAUUUAUUGAAUGUUAUACUAUUUUUAUUAUUUUGUAUAUCGAAAGUCUAGGUUCAGUUCAUAUACUGUAAUAGUUUUAAGAAUGAUUUCUUUGCUCAUUCACAUAGCAUAUAUGUCUCAAUAUAAAUAAUAUAUAUGUGAUUACUGUGAAAGUGAACUAAUCAAUUUUAUUAAGAUGAAAAUAAUAUGAUUGUGAUAUUAUGCUGAAUUUUCGUAGAAUAUUUUAUAUGGACGACGAUAUAAAUUAAAGAGAUAUAUUCCCAAUAAUGGAGAAUUUCCAAGUGUGUAAAUAUUGUAAAAAUUUGAAGUUUCAAUUGAAAUAUAGGCUAUAUACACCAUGAGAAUUAAUUCCAUGUUGAUAUACUCGAAAAAACGAAUGUGAAUAACAUAAAAUAGCCUACAUCUUGAAGAUGAAUGUAAAUAGAAGAUGAGAAUCAUCUCAAAGAUGAAUGAUUAAGUUUUACUUUUAUUAUUGUAGUUAAAAUUAUUCAAUGAUUUUGAUGAUAAAUGUAAAUAAUACGAGCUCGAAAUAAUUUUAGUGAAUAUCGUUUAUAACAAUCUAGUUAAAUAAAAUAGGUAAUCUGUUGGGAAAUGAUAUUACGAAUAUUGUGAACUACCUACUGAAAAGUAAUGUACCUAAUAUAAUAAUUAUUGUUUGUAUAGCCUGUGAAUAUAAAUAUUUGAAUUAGUUGAUUUGAUUGAUUAGUAUUCUUAUAGAUAACGGAUAUUAAAUUGUAUAGUAUGAAUUAUAUCGAUUUUGUAAAGCUAAUCUUCUUAAACAUGAACUAAAGGAAGGAAACAGAGCAAAUUUUGAAAGUCAAUAAAUAUUCAAUCUCCUUGAUAAAUAAUCAUAGCAUGAAUGGGAACAAACAUUUUCAACCGAGAUGUAUUAUUUUAUGAAAUGAAAUAUCAUGAAAAAUUGAAGUGUUACUGGUACUUACCUCAUAGAAUAGAGAAGAUUAUAUUUUUUGUCAUUUCAGAUUUUUCUCCUCCUAAGCUCAUAGUAGUCUUAUACUGUGAUCUGGCUUUUAAUCAUGUAGGCAUAAUAAUGUAAGCCUUCCUUCUAUGGUAUAAAUUUCACUAACGAGUCAAAUAAGAUCAUCCAUUAAAAUCGAAUUCACAUUCACUAACUUUUUCUAUAGGAUCCAGGUUUUUAAUAAUAUCAUGUGACUCAAGGUGAAAAGUUAGGAUGUUCUUCAAUAAGUCAUAAUUCCCUCACUCCUUUAUUUGAGAAGCGGAUACUCUUAUAAAUAUGUCACUUUUAAAUUUCUGCAUAUGCGCACAUUUUAUAAAAAAUGAGCUCCUUAUAGUGCAUAUGUGCAGAAAUAUUUAGAGAUGAUGAAAUUAAUUCAAUGUUAUACAUUUAAAUUGGGUUUGGCCAAAAUUGAGCUUCAAAAAUGUAUAUGAUUAGUUAAUAUUGAUGAAUGAGAGUUACGAUCCAUUGACUAAAUUUAUCAGAACUCGACCCUCGACGAUGUUCAAUUGGACUUUUGAAAACUGAGUGUCAAAACUAUUAUAAUGAUUUUAUAUACUGUACAGUGGGACAAAGUGUACUCAUUUAAAUUAUGGCAUUGUCAUGAAUUGCUCAAAAUAUUUAAUUACAAUUAUCAUGAUUAAAAUUAUAAUUAAUUUAUAAUCUCAUCAAUUCUCUACAAAUUGGGAUAAAAAUGAUCAUGCCAUCUCUCUCGCUCCAAGAUUUUUUUAAUUUUUGUACCAAAGAUGAGUAUAAUUAUUACCUACUCAAUUAUUGAUAAAAACUGUCAAUAAAUUGAAUAUGAGUAGCAUCUGCUGGAACAAACUGACUGUAUCUUUUAUUUGAUGUUCUAUUUGUAGAGUAUUUUAUAGAAUGUGAACAUUCUUAUAGGAAUUUCAUGCCAUUCCUUCGUUUUGUAAUCACAGUGAUGGUGAGAGUUUUAUGUAAUAGAAAUAAAUGUCUUCUAGUUUGCUCUGCGAGAGGUACAAAUUUAAUUAUUUAUCUACAAAAUUAUAAUGGAAAUAAUGUAUCUGGAACUGGAUACUCUAUUGUGCUGUAAUAAAGAUAUUUAUCUUUU